CUAGUGUUGAUCUUAGAAAUUUUUUCCAUAAUGGCAUGUUGUUUCGCAAUUACGUCGGAUUGUUGUGGGUUAGUCUGGCCACGAGUUGUGACAUCAUGCAGGCUAAAUAAACCUAUAAAUUCCGGAUACUUCCUUUUGUUUACUCGACUAUAACUGCAAAUCACUUCCUCUCUCUUCAAAUCCGGACAAUUACCUUACCAAAAUGUCUACACACCACGCCGUACCGGCCAAACACGGCCAAACCGAAAGCAAAAGCCUUCCCAACAAAGCUGCUCCAGGUAUCUCCUACUUCACACCCGCUCAAACCCCACCCUCAGGAACAGCCCUCUCCCCUCAACCCUCCGGCGCCCCAAUCCCCAAACUCUUCGCCCCCCUCAAGAUCCGCGACCUCACUUUGCAAAACCGCAUCUUCCUCUCUCCCCUCUGCCAAUACUCCGCCCAAAACGGCCACCUGACGCCCUGGCACCUCUCUCACCUAGGCGGCAUCAUCAGUCGGGGACCCGGCCUCGCAAUCAUCGAAGCCACUGCCGUUGUGCCCGAGGGACGAAUCACGCCUGAAGAUAGCGGGAUCUGGCUCGAUUCCCACGUCGAUGCUCCGUUUGGGCUCAAGACCGUUGUUGAGUUCGCGCAUUCGCAGAAUCAGAAGAUUGCGAUUCAACUUGCUCAUGCGGGGAGAAAAGCUUCAACUGUUGCACCCUGGCUAAGUGCCGGUGCUGUAGCGGGCGAGGAUGUGAAUGGGUGGCCGAAGAACGUGAAGGCUCCGAGCGCGGUGCCGUAUAACGAGGACCAUGCGACGCCGAUCGAGAUGUCGGAGCGGGAUAUUGAGGAUGUGAAGAAGGCGUGGGGAGAGGCUGUUAAGAGGGCUGUGAGGGCCGGAUUUGAUGUUAUUGAGAUCCAUAACGCGCAUGGGUAUCUGUUGCACGAGUUCUUGAGCCCGGUGAGCAAUAAGAGGACGGAUCGGUAUGGAGGCAGUUUCGAGAAUCGGGUGCGGUUGACGUUGGAGAUUGUUGAAGUGACGAGGAAGGCGAUGCCGGAGGGGAUGCCGCUGUUUUUGAGGUUGAGUGCGGAUGAUUGGCUAACGCAUGAUGGGUUUGAGGGCGAGUCGUGGACCGUGGAGGAUUCGGCCAGCUUGGCUCCUCUGCUUGUCGAGCGGGGUGUAGAUCUUUUGGAUGUUUCGUCCGGAGGGGCUCAUCCUGCGCAGAAGAUUGUGGGGGGACCUGGGUACCAGGCUCCGUUUUCGAAGAAGAUUAAGAAGGCGGUUGGGGAUAAGAUGUUGGUUACUGCAGUGGGCAGUAUCAAGGGUGGAAAGCAAGCGGAGGCUAUUUUGACUGGGAAGGGGAAGGAGGAGGAUGCGAGGGGAGAGCAGGAAUUGGAUGCCAUUGUCGUGGGGAGGAUGUUCCAGAAGAAUCCUGGGUUGGUGUGGACUUGGGCUGAGGAUCUGGAGUGUCAGAUCAAUGUGGCUAAUCAGAUUCGAUGGGGAUUUGGCGGAAGGGCUGGAGGG